GCUUUUUGUUGUAGACUUGUAGUUAGCAGGAUCAUGGGUGUCGGAGGCAGGAUGACGGAGCAAGAGCGGGAGAAGCAGGAACUGCUCGGCCGCCCGACCUUCGAGCGCAUACCGACGGACAAGCCGCCGUUUACGCUGGGACAGAUCAAGAUGGCAAUCCCGCCUCACUGCUUCCAGCGCUCCCUGAUCAAGUCCUCCUCCUACUUGGUCCAUGACCUCGUCAUCAUCGCGGCGCUCCUGUACGCCGCGCUGGUCUGGAUCCCAGCCCUCCCAAGCAUGCUUCAGCUGGGCGCCUGGCCGCUCUACUGGGUCGCGCAGGGCUGCGUCAUGUUCGGCGUCUGGGUGAUCGCGCAUGAGUGCGGCCACCACGCCUUCUCCGACUACUCGUUGCUCAACGACAUCGUCGGCCUGGUGCUCCACUCAUGGCUGCUCGUCCCCUACUUCUCCUGGAAGCACAGCCACCGCCGCCACCACUCCAACACCGGCUCGCUGGAGCGCGACGAGGUGUUUGUCCCAAGGCCGAAGGAGGCCCUCCCGUGGUACACCCCCUAUAUCCAGAAUAGCUCCGUCGUUCGUGUGGUGCUCAUCAUCGUGCAGCUCACCCUUGGGUGGUAUAUGUACCUGUCGCUCAAUACCUGGGGCCGCCCGUACUCGCGCUUCGCCUGCCACUUCGACCCCUACAGCCCGAUCUUCAAUGACCGGGAGCGCGCCCAGAUUUUCCUCUCGGACGUCGGCGUGCUGGCCGUGUCGUUCGCCAUGUUGAAGCUCGUUUCGACGUUCGGGUUCUGGUGGGUGAUGCGGGUCUACGGCGUGCCGUUGAUGAUCGUGAACGCGUGGCUGGUCCUGGUCACCUACCUGCACCACACCCACCAGGCCCUGCCGCACUACGACUCGACGGAGUGGGACUGGCUGCGCGGGGCGCUCGCCACCAUGGACCGCGACUACGGCAUCAUCCUCAACCGCGUGUUCCACAACAUCACGGACACUCACAUCUUGCACCACCUCUACUCCAACAUACCGCACUACCACGCCAUGGAGGCCACCAAGGCGAUCAAGCCCAUCCUUGGCGAAUACUAUCAGAUCGACCGCACCCCUCUAGCCAAGGCCACAUGGCGCGAGGCCAAGGAGUGCUUGUACAUCGAGCGCGAGGACAACAAGGGAAUCUUCUGGUACAGCAACAAGUUCUAGCCGCCAGGAUCCAUCAACCCCUGAUGCAUUUGGGCGGAAGGAAGGCUAUUACCGUGCCGAUGCUAAGUUGGGCUUUGGUCAGCUCCGUCUUUGUUUCUCUGUGCUUUCGUCACCGGGCUUAGGUUUGGCCGGCGGUCGUCUUUGGUGUCCGUGGCCAUUGACCUUGGCGUGUGUUGUGUGUGCGUUUGUCUUUGCAUUGGCGUCAUCUCCCAGCCCAUGUCCUGUUGUUGACGUUGUAAACCAUUUCGUGUUUAUGUCGGCUUCCUCUUUUGCCGCAACGCGCCAUGUGGCACAAUAAUAGUUAGCCAGUAUACGUCUUAUUACCAAAAUAAAGUUUUAUGUUGUUGCAUUUUAUGUUCUUCAAUGUGAGAGUAAGUAUGAUGUCAUGAAAUGUUGUUUGUAAAAUUGUGCCUGAUUCUCUAAAUAAAGGAAUUU